AUGAACCAAGAUUACUCAACAUAUCAGACCCAGCUUUCCAUUGCUUACAGAAGUCGCUGGGAAAACGCAGCAGGUCAGACAGAAUCUAUGGAGAGCGGAAAUACAGUUGUCUUUGAUUGUGUCCUGCCCACAAAGAAACUGAAUGAUGAUCAGAAUGAGGUGAUUACUGUAGAAAUCCCAGGCAACAGCACUGUAAGACACCUACGGAUAUUGACAUGGAUGCAGGCAACUCGGGACAGUGCUUCCCCAUCCAUAUACACCCUCACUCAUCCCAACUCCUACCAGUUCUUAUACAAGAAGGGAUUGAGGUGGUACGAGAUAUACGACGACCAUCAGAUCAUCCAGACUCUAGAUUCUGUGAGAUAUUGGAAGAACUCAGGAAUGAAGAAGGGUUCGAUCUACAUCAAGAGCAAUCCCAAAGAGACAGAAGAGAGUGACAAGCUUCAGAAGAAAUUGACUUAUUUGAUCGGGUAUGACAUUAGGAAUAUUGUGACCCAUCGACGCAAUGAACUAAGCUUUGCCCAGAGGAAGCUGGCGAGUUCAAGGCAGGUUGAGUUAUCUAGCCGUGACGUUAGGGCAUAUGCAAUGGAACCUUGGGUUGUUUCAUCUCCUCUUUCUAAGAGCCUUAUGGACCUGACAGGAGAAGGAUUAGUUAUUGCUAUCCACUAUAAUGACAGCAGCCACAAAAUGAAAGUAGGUAUCACUGACACUCCAGUUGAAAUUAUUCAUUCGUACAUGCAGAAAAUGGCAGACAAAGGCUGGCCAAUCCAUCACCCUGAAGACAAUUUAGCCUUCAAGGUGUGUGGGAGAGAAGAGCACAUCACUGGAGGCAGGCCACUGAUAGACUUCAUCUGGAUUAGAAGGUGCAUCAAGAACAAAGAAGACAUUCGGCUAAUGCUGGUGCUCGCUCCAUGUGCAGAAGAUGAUGAGGUCGAUACUGAUGACUGGCCUUUGGUUGAUCAACACACAGGUCUCUGUGGUACUCAUGAUGAAUUGACUCUCAGAAACAAGGAUAUCGAUCAGAUUCUGGUCUUGUCUCUUUGGGAUUGCAACAGCCGCUUCCGUGUCAAAGUAGUCGGAAUCGAUUGCCCAGCUCUUCCACAUAAAAGUCUUCCACAUAUAUACGUGGAGGCUUGCAUUCUGCAUGCCAAAACCAUUCUCUCUUCUGCAAGGUCUCAGCCUCUGCCUUUCACGGAAGAAGUAAUAUGGAACAUUUGGUUACAAUUCGAUAUAUUGGUGAAGAAUCUGCCACGGGGAUCCAGGUUGAGUUUCUUCAUCUACGGUAUGGACUUCGAGAGCUUGAGUACGCGAGAUGCCAAAACUCCUCCACAACGUGUUGAAGACGGAGGUUUCUAUAAAGGGAGAACAAAACUCUUAUAUUUUGUGUCUUUUCUGCUCAUUGACCACAGAUCCUUCCUUCAACAAGGGGAACACAUUCUUCACAUGUGGCCUUACGCUGACCGAGAGGAGGAUCUUUUCACCCAUGAAGCAGACAAACUAUCGUCCAAAACUAACCCCGAUGUAGACAACUCAAUGGCCAUUUGUAUUAUGUUGGAUACCUACAGUCACCCAUUGGUCCUACCCACGGGUAGAACAUCUCGAUCCAGUUGCAUUAAUCAGAUGUCAGAAGAUGCGGAACUCACCUCGACGAUGAAUAUCAGAUGUAAAAAACUUCCGCUCCCUCUGACUGUCUCAGAGAAGAAUCUGCAGUUUACAGAACAAUGUUCCCAAUAUGGCAACUCACUGCCCAAUAUUCUUAGUUCAGUCAAAUGGGGGAAACUAGAAGCUGUGGAGGAAGCACACUGCCUCUGUGAGCACUGGAACUCCCAGCAAUUGGACAUAGCAAUAGCCCUGGAACUCCUGAGCAUCAGCUUUGCCGACGAGAAAGUCAGGAACCUCGCUGUCCAGAGGCUGGAAGAACUAGACAACAAUGAGUUGCUGCGGUACCUCCUUCAACUUGUACAGGCUUUGAAAUUUGAGCCGUACCAUGACAGUGCCCUGGCAAGGUUCCUGAUUCGAUGUGGACUGAGGAGUAAAAGAAUCGGCCACUUUUUCUUCUGGUACUUGCGGAGUGAGAUAACAGGCUCCCCCUAUUUCUGUGACCGCUUUGCGGUUAUCCUGGAAGCGUACCUCUUGGGGUGCGGGAAGUCCAUGCUGGAUGAGUUCUACAAGCAGGUGCAGGUCGUGGAAAGCCUCCACCAGGUUGCUACCGAUAUCAAGAAGAUCAUUCCAGAAAAAAAUGACCUGCCACCAAACGCUGCAUCCUUGCUCCAAGACAUGCUGAGGAAGGCAGACCUGCCACAGAGCUUCCUGGUUCCCUAUGACCCUCGGAUCAAAACAAGCGGCAUCUUACUGGAGCGCUGCCGUAUCAUGGCCUCCAAGAAGAAGCCUCUGUGGCUGGAGUUUAGCUGCGGUGACGAGGACUCUGCUCACUGCCAGCCUGUGGGCAUCAUCUUCAAACACGGCGAUGACCUUCGGCAGGACAUGCUUAUCAUCCAGACCUUGGUGAUAAUGGACUCCAUCUGGCAGGAGAACUCACUCGAUUUGAAUCUAGUGCCAUAUGGCUGUAUCUCCACUGGAUAUAACAUAGGAAUGAUUGAGAUCGUAAGAGAUGCCACCACCAUCGCUGCUGUUCAGAGAAGCCAGGGAGGCACCACGGCGGCCUUUAAAAAUGAGGCACUGCACGAGUGGCUGCGAUCCAGACUGCAAGUGGAGGAAUCGUAUUACCAAGCCAUGGAGACCUUUGUCACUUCCUGUGCUGGAUACUGCAUUGCCACUUACAUCCUCGGCAUUGGCGACCGGCACAAUGAUAACAUCAUGGUCACGGCACAAGGGAAUUUGUUCCACAUCGACUUUGGCCACAUUCUGGGCAACACUAAGCGGUUUCUGGGGGUGAACCGUGAGAGAGCCCCAUUUGUCCUUACGCCGGACUUUCUCUUUGUGAUGGGAAAAGUGAACAAAAGAUCCAGUCUCUACUUUCAGAGGUUCAAGGACAUCUGUAUUGAGGCUUAUCUGAGUUUACGAGCUCACUCCAAACUGCUCGUCAACCUUUUCUCUUUGAUGACUCUGACUGGAAUCCCAGAGCUGACCAGCACUAAAUCCAUCCAGUACCUAAAGGAAGCCCUGGCUAUGGAGAAGGAUGAGAAGAUGGCACAAGAACACAUCUUGAACCAGAUUGAAAUGUGCGAGAGUUUGGGUUGGACAGUACAAGCCAAUUGGUGGAUUCACAUGUUCAUGGGUGUCAAACAGACAAAAUCAUAAUUUCAUCAUAAUUUCAUUUAACUUACUCCUUUUUUAAAAUAUGUAUUUUAAUGAGGAAUUAAUUUGUAACUAUUUUAUUCUUGGUUGCACAUUUCCACUGGUAAGGAAUACGAGAGGCUACAAAUUCAAAAUGGUGACUAAGAGAAGAAAAAGAGAGGUUUGGAAGAACUUCUCCCAAAUGUUGUCGAGAGUAUUGAAUGAUUCGCCAGGAUUGUCUCUCGGAGUAAAGUCUAUUGGGCCUUUGGAAAAAAAAUUGGACAAGGAUACAGGGAGAGAGCAAAGAAUUAGGAUGCAGGACUUCUUAAACAAGCAAACUCUAACAUAUACUUGGACCGAAUGGCUUCCUACUGUGUUGUACAUUUCUAUUAUUCUACACACAUAUAUAGAUAUGUUUAUAUAUAUAUGAUGUGUUUGUAAUUUGUCUGCUAUAAAAUGUCAGGUGUGCAUGAAAAAAUCUUGUUUUAUUUUUGGAUCCGAUCACUUUUUUAAGAAUCAUAUUGCUUUACUGAUAACAGGAAGUAACAGGAAAC